AUGCCUCCUAAGAAGAACACUGCUGAGCCUAAGGCAUCGAGAGAAACACCAUCUCCCCAAGAAGAAGCCUGUGAAGGAGGAAAAGAAGUUGCGAAGCCAAGGAAGAUGACUGCCUCUGCCAAAUCCACUUCGACCAAGGCGACCGCGACCGCCGCGACGAAGAAGCGCAAAGCUGACGAGGAAGAGGAGAAGCCCCGUGAGACUAAGCGCUCUCGUGUUGUCGCCAAACCUCGCCAGCCCAAGGCCAAACCAACCAAGGCUGUCAUUAACAAGGCCUCAACUACGAAGCUGAAUGUAUUCGUCUGCGGCGAGGGUAGCUCCGGUGAGCUGGGUUUAGGCACAGCCAAGAAUGUCAUCGAUGUCAAGCGCCCGCGUUUGAACAAGCUUUUGUCGGCCGAAGAAGUCGGAAUUGUGCAAGUUGCUGUCGGUGGCAUGCAUUGUGUCGCCUUGACUCACGACAACAAGAUCUUUACCUGGGGUGUGAACGAUCAAGGAGCUCUUGGAAGAGACACCAACUGGGAUGGUGGAUACAAGGAAGUGGAUAACAACAGCGACUCUGACUCCGAUGAUGAUGACAGUGGAUUGAACCCCCUCGAGUCCAAUCCUACUUCUAUUCCUGCCACCUCUUUCCCCGAGGGUACUGUGUUUGUUGAAGUCGCUGCUGCCGACAGCUCGAGUUUUGCCCUCACCGAUGAUGGCCUAGUCUAUGGCUGGGGUACCUUCCGAAGCAACGAUGGAAUUCUCGGUUUCAACGCUAAUCAGCUUGUUCAAACGACCCCGUUGCUGAUCGACUCUCUCAAGAAAAUCAAGCACCUGACGUGCGGAGCCAACCACGUACUUGCGCUGAAUGACCAAGGUCGCGUUUUCUCGUGGGGUUCCGGACAACAGAACCAGUUGGGUCGUCGAAUCGUGGAGCGCAACAGACUGAAUGGUUUGCAGCCUCGGGAAUUCGGUCUCCCCAAGAACAUUGUUUGCAUUGGUAGUGGUUCAUACCAUUCAUUUGCUGUGACUGCAACAGACAAGGUCUUUGCUUGGGGUCUGAAUAGUUUCGGUGCGACUGCACUCCGCGAGGGCGCUGGUGACGACGAAGCUGCUAUUGUUCACCCAGUCGAGGUCGACGCACUCAGCGGUCGAGGCAUCACUCAAAUCAGCGGUGGCGCUCACCACUCGAUUGCCAUUGCCCGUGAUGGCGAGUGCUUGGUAUGGGGUCGUCUCGACGGUUUCCAGAGCGGUUUGAAGAUCGACACACUUUCUGAUGAUUCCGUCAUCAAGGACGAGCGCUCCCGCCCCCGUAUUUUGAUGACCCCUACCGCUAUUCCCAGCUUCAAGGCCAAGGUCGUUGCAGCUUCCUCGGAUCAUAGCCUUGCCAUCGAUGUUGAUGGCCGUGCGUGGUCUUGGGGAUUCUCUGCUACUUACCAGACUGGACAAGGCACACAAGAUGACAUUGAAGUGGCCACUGUCAUUGACAACACUGCUACUCGCGGAAAGAAGUUGAACUGGGCGGGUGCUGGCGGUCAAUUCUCUGUGUUUACAGAACCCGCUAGCCUGUGA